AUGCAUCGUCUCAUACCAGACUCUGUUUAUGCGCACAAGCCAGAUCCAGACAAUUACGCUCUUCAGCAGCCUCCCACCCUGCACGUUUUGUCGUCCAAAAUCCUGACGGCGCUGUCGGAUGCCCAAUGGAGAGCCCACGAAGCGUCUGUCAAAAUCGCAACCGAGCGUCUUAAUGCGUCAUACUUUCUCGGACAUGAAAUACCGGGGUCACGAUACAAGAUACAGGUGACAGAAGUUGCUCCCGAGCUGUGGCUUGAGCUGGUACUCUGGUCUUGCCUUCAUGGCGGGUGGACUUUGGAUGGAUCUGCAAUCUUGGAAGACAUCGCUUCUCAUCGCGGAGAGCGUCCGUGGGUCCUGACGAGCUGGAAAGAGCUGCUUGAAGCUGAAGCAGAAGAACAGGAGCACGCCGCUCAGAAAGGCUGGGGUCUGUUUGGGACUCGCGAUGGAAUGGUACCACAUACUGAACAACGAACAAGGAUGCAGCGGAAGAUUAGUAGUGAAGUUGUGACUGCUAUCGUUGACGGACUCGUCAAUGACGUGCGUUUGGGCGUAGGUGCUCGAGGAACCACACCCGAGUAUCUUGUCGAACGUAUCAAAGCGCUCAAGCAGUUUCUUGACAACAGCUCGCUUAGUUUAGGUUCCACAACCUGGGAUUCAAUUAUGUCGCGUCUUCUCGAAUCGGGAAGCAUCGUUCCUGAGAAGCGGCCAGAGGUGUUGUUGAGCAUUUUGGAUCUGGCAUCCGAGUUCGGCUCAGAAGUCAGCGCUGUGAAUGCGUCUCCAAAACCGGCAGCAAUAGAGUCUGAACCACCUUACUUUUUCGAACCUACGACAGUUCCUAUUAGCCUGCUGCACCGGACGAUGCGAUCAUACGUCCAUAAUGGCGACAUUGCUGGCGCCAUGCAUACUUUGGAGAAGCUUCAAGAGCUUACAGAUCAGAACAAGCAGAAGUCAUUAGCACACUUUUUCGAGAUAUUGAAGACCAUUCCACUCCGCCACGAACAACCAUUCACGAGCCGACUUCCCCCUAUCGAAUUCCCGGCUUUCGAGAAUCAGUUGUCUGUGCCGCUGCUGGCCAAACUUCUUGAUCUCAUUACCGACGCUAAUAUGUACGACCUGGGGCGAUGGUUUCUGUUUUCCGAAGAUCUGGACGGACCACUGAUCCGGCCAGGUAUGUACGGAAACUUCGUCAUGGCCGCAUCGAUUAUACGAUUCGGCACAAUGGCCGGCGAACAUGAUCUAGUACUCAAGAUCGUGAAUAAAACGAGCACCACAGACAAUACUCCAGGAUUACCUGUAAAACAUCGCAUGCCACACGAAUUUUUCACUGCACUGUUGUGUAGCCAGAUCAAGUUACAUCGCUGGACAUCCGUUCGUGGAAUGCAGAAUUAUGUGCUGGAGACCCCGGGUUUUCAAGUCAAGCCUAAGGUCAUCGCGCAGUUUGCUGCAGAACUACUUCGCCUCUCGGCACCAACUGAAGGCAGUGCAACGACCAAGGAAGAUGCUCGUACUGCGUUUAAGAAUCUGCUCUUCACGUGGGAAAGCUUGGUCGUGAACGACAUGCGGAAGGAGCUGUACUGCGUCCUUGCAAUACUGUCUUCUGUUCAUGUUGAGUGGAAGGGCUACUGCUCCCAAUUCCUAACCUUCUCGGCACAACAGGGCAUCAAGCUGUCCACGGAAGACUUCAACAUCAUACUAAGUGGAGUGCUUGAUGGGUACGGGACCCUGAAAGCCAAGGAAGUGGUGGAGAUGUGGUGCUACCAAGCUCCUCGCACAUUCGAGCCGUAUAGAGCCCCUGGAGGGUUGCCCACCAUGUCGAAGUAUCGCCCCACCAAGUCAGAGGAGUACGAGAGCCGCCCUGAAAACAUCGAGCUCCACCAGGCUUCUGGGGCAAAGCUCAUUCUGCUAGGGCGCAUUCAUGCCAAUCGGCAAACGGUCUGGGCCAUUCUACGAAAGAUGCAACAAGAGCAUGAAGAGAUGCAACGCAGAGGCGAAGAAGCGUCGGUUGCGAAGCGCGGUGAAAUACGCAAGACGCUCGAGUGGGCCGCAAAGAUGCUGUACUACUUGGGAUUCGACUAUGAAGAUAUCAUUCGAGAUCUGGGCAACCUUGCAGAACUAGCUGGCCUUGAGGCUCCGGCGGCGCCUACGGCGACGCUACGGCCAUGA